AUGGAUCCUAAUAAUCCCAAUUUUUCACAAUAUUUAAAUGAUUUUGAUCCUUAUCUUGUCAAUCAUCCACAAAUUUCUCAACUUCUUGAGAGAUUUGGAGGAAAUAUAUCUAUUUUUCCUACACAACAACCACCUCCUUCCUCUCAAAAUUAUGAGCAAUCUCCACAAGUUUAUCAAGGAAGCAACAGUCAAGUGAGUGAAGAUGAAGAGGACAUUGUUCCGGAUACACCUCAAUCCCCUCCGGAACCCAUAUUGUCGCAUCAACUCCAUGUAAGGCCAAAUCAGCCACUUCCAAUUGCAACAAACAAUCGUGAUUGGUCUAUAAGAGAAGAUGAAGCUUUAAUUGCGGCCUACUUUCAGCAUUGCACAGAUUCGACUAUAGGUAAAGAUAUUAAAUUUACCGAUCUUUGGAGAAGUAUUCAUGAGUCGUAUGCUGCGACCCAAAGGGCUCGACCAUUCGAGUUACCGGAGAGAAAUAUGAACAUGUUGGAGAGUCAUUGGAAACGGAUGGUUGGAGACCUACUCACUUGGGCUAGUGCAUUAGAUGAAGCUUCUGGAUUAUCCAAAAGUGGAUAUAACGAUGAAGAUAUCAUCAAAAACGCUCAUGAAUUUUUUCGAAGGUCAUGCAAAAAAGGGCCUAGGAACUUCAAGUUUCAGAAUGCUUGGGAAAUGGUGAACAAAUAUCCAAAGUGGAGAAAGUUCACGAGGUGGGCUAUGGAUAAGGAAGAACGAAAGAAAGUUGAUGCUGAGCACAAAGCGGAAACUGAGCUUCAAAAUAGCAUUGAUAGUGGUAAGAGAAGCAGAGGAGAUGAAAGUAGUAGCUACAAAUCUGCAGGUAUAGCACGCCCAGAUGGUGUAAAGAAAGCAAAGGCAAAAAGAAAGGGCAAAGGGAUCGCAACAGAAGAAACUGUUAUUAGUAUGGGGGAACAGAUCAAGGCUCACACCGAUCAACGAGGUUCAGAGUUAACUCUUAAACAACAAAAAUUUGAGUUUGAAAAGCAAAAGGAAAUGAGGAAACAACGACAAUUAGAGUUAGAGGAGAAACAUAUUCAGCUACAAGAAGAGAAGAUGCGGUCUGAUAAGCUGAAGCAUAAAUUUGACAUGUUACAAAUGUUCUUAUCUAAGACAUCGCUCACCCCAAAGGAAGAGAUGAUUAAACAAAAACUACUAGAUGAACUUUUUGAAGAGUAA